AUGUAUUGGGCUAAGCUCUAUCAGUAUCCUGGUGUGACGAUCUAUCUUGAGAAGGUUGGAUUACAAUGGUGGGCAAGGGUUUAUCAAGUCCAUUGUACGUAUGACAAGAUGAUGACAAAUAUAGUAGAAUGCCUCAAUGGAGUGUUGAAAGAUGCAUGCAUAAACAUCGUAACUGAUUAUGCAAUGAGUAUUCUUAAGGAAUUAAAAUUGAUGUCUAGAACAUAUCGUGUUUCCCCGGUGGAUAUGCAUAUAAUUCAUGUGGACGGUGGAUAUUUAGAGGGGUUGGUUGAUCUUCGUUCACGAACAUGUACUUGUAUGGAGUUUAAUUGCAUCGAGAUCCCGUGCUCCCAUGCAAUAUCUGCAGCAACCCUGAGAAACAUUAAGGUUCAAACAUUAUGUGCAAAAUGGUUUACAGUUGAGUGUGUGCUUGCUGCUUAUGCCGAACCAAUCUUCCCAGUUGGACAUAGACAAGAAUGCAGCUGA